AUGGCCUCUUCACGAUUGACUAUUGUCAUCAAGCUAGGGACAAGUUCUAUUGUGGAUGAGAAUACGCAUGAACCUAUCCUCUCAAUUCUCACCCUCAUAGUCGAGACUGUUGCUAAGCUUCACCGGGAUGGCCACAAUGUCGUUCUUGUUUCUUCUGGUGCUGUAGGCGUGGGACUGAGGAGAAUGGAUGUGGAUCAGAGACCAACCAAUCUACCCCGCAUUCAGGCGCUCGCGGCUGUGGGACAGUGCAGGCUUAUGAGCCUUUGGGACGGGUUAUUCUCGCACCUUCGGGUUCCAGUGGCCCAGAUUCUUUUGACCAGGAAUGACAUCGCAGAUAGAACACAAUAUGGGAAUGCCCAGAAUACUUUCGGGCAGUUGUUUGACAUGGGUGUAAUUCCUAUUGUCAAUGAAAACGACACUCUUGCCGUUUCAGAAAUCAAAUUUGGUGACAACGAUACAUUGUCUGCCAUCACAGCCGCAAUGGUCAAAGCUGAUUACCUUUUCCUGAUGACGGACGUUGACUGCCUUUACACCGCCAACCCACGUCACAAUCCCGAUGCGCGCCCAAUCGAAGUUGUCACCGAUAUAUCUUCGUUGGAGGCGGACGUCUCCUCGGCUGGCUCAUCCUUAGGUACUGGAGGCAUGAGUACCAAGAUUGUGGCGGCCAAGCUAGGCACAAGUGCUGGCGUGACGACAGUCAUUACCCGGAGCUCAAAACCCGGAAAUGUUCAUGAAAUUGUCAAAUAUCUCCAGCGAAUUCAAAACGUCUCUCAUACUCAGUCUGCAGCCGCGGACGAAGAAGGGAACACAAUCCCGGCGCCUCCUCUCCACACGCGGUUCUUGCCCUCUGAGGAUCCAAUACAAUCCCGAUCAUUCUGGCUACUUCAUGGGCUAAAGCCACGAGGCACAAUAUUCAUCGAUCAGGGCGCAUAUAUCGCCCUUCAGAAUAAGGCCAACCUCCUUCCAGCCGGAGUUUCGGAUGUGGAUGGUACUUUUGCGCAGCAGGAAGCGGUCCGGAUCGUCGUGAUCCAAAAAGUAUCCCCAGAUUCACUCAACGGCGACUUCCUACAUCAUGGCCAGGAACCCAAGGAGGUCGGUCGCGCAUUGGUCAAUUACAGCAGCCAUGAAAUCGCGCGCAUCAAAGGUCACAGGAGCACUCAAAUACAAUCGUUGCUGGGAUACGCAGACAGCGAGUACGUUGCCUUCCGAGAAAACAUCUCUUUUUGGUAG